CGCGCGACCGACUGUACCUGCCGCAGCGGGCAAGGACGACGGCUGCGUGCGCGGUGCGAGCUCGCCAGUCGCCCACAGCUCCGUCUCGGCACACGUUCUGCACACACCGCGCUCACACCAGCUGCCGGUGCUACCGGGCAAGGAGGAAAUCGCCUGACAAUGUCGCUUGGCAGUGACGUCAUCUCUCCUAACAUCUCAUUCACAGACGCGGCGCUGGCCAACUGCAGCCCGCCGGCCGUCGACGACUUCCCGUGGGACGGUCUGACGCGUGCAGAGCGCCAGCAGGGGUACGUCGCGCUGCACGCCGUGGCAGCCGCCUACCUGUUCGGCACGAUGGCCAUCAUCUGCCACAAAUAUUUCGUGCCAAGUGUACACCUGAUUGCAAAACGGCUGGGUGUGUCUGACGAUGUAGCUGGUGCGACUGCCAUGGCUGCAGCCACGUCGAGCCCUGAACUGUUUGUGAGCUCUGUGGCAACCUUCACCAGCGACACAGAAGCUGACACAGCACUAGGAACAAUCAUAGGCUCAGCGGUAUUCAAUGUCUUAGCUGUUCCAGCAGCAUGUGGCCUUUUUUCAGCAGGAAAGGUAAUUGAACUCAAUAUAUGGCCAAUUACAAGAGAAGUUGUAGCAUAUGCAUUCUCAAUCAUCACACUUUUAGCAAUUCUUGCUGAUCGCCAUGUUCGGUGGUAUGAAUCAUUGUUUAUGGUCUGUUUUUAUUUUUCAUACAUUUCAGGUCUGUGCUGCAUUGGAAGGAAAAUUAGUUGCUGCAACACAAAGCCAAGCAGAUCACUCUAUGAUGGAAUAGAUGAUUCUGCCUCUGAGACAGACACACUUUGUGGUGCAGAGCAAGAGACAGUUGAAUCAGCAACUGCAGAAGACAUAACGCUGAACAAAGAAAUAGCCCCAUGUGGAAGAGUAUGUAACUUCAUCAUGAAACCAGCACAAAUAAUUCUGUUUUUGACAAUUCCCAACUGCCAGCAAAAACAUUGGGAAAGCUUCUAUCCCAUCACAUUUAUUAUGUGCAUUGCAUGGCUUGCUGUUACUUCAUACCUUGCUACCUGGAUGAUUACUGUCAUAGGAGACACAAUCAACAUACCAGAUUCCAUUGUGGGACUGACACUACUAGCUAUUGGUACCAGUCUUCCAGAAGCAAUGUCAAGCAUCAUUGUUACAAGACAAGGACGAGGAGCAAUGGGCAUCACUAAUGCAGUAGGAUCCAACACAUUCAACAUCCUUCUUUGCCUGGGACUUCCUUGGCUGCUGAAAACUACAGUGUUGACUGGUGGGAAUGGAGCCCACCAGGUUAACAUCAGCUCUGGCGGGCUACUUUACAGUACAGUUUCUCUCCUUGUGACAUUGUUGAUGUUCUACAUAUGUCUUGCAUGUUUUGAUUUCCAGCUUUGUUCAGUAUUUGGUACAAUACUUCUUAUCUUUUAUAUUGUGUUUCUAGUUCUUGCAUCUCUCGUCGAGCUUAAUAUUUUCUUUCCAGUUAACCUACCUGUAUGUGACAGGUGAAAUAAUAUCAUGUGUCAGACUCUCUUUCAAUGUAUAAAAUAAAGUAAAAACAUUGCAUCAUGUCAAUGAAGUAAAAUGAUAUGGAAGCAGAAUGGUGCUGACAGUACAUAUAACACACAGUAAUUAAUGUCAUCAUGGGAAAAAGCAUGUAAAUACUUCAUUCAUGAGGCUGAACACAUUUAUAACAAUCAAAGCUUGUAACAAGCGCAAUAACCACUAUUAUGUAUUACAUAGAGCAGUAGCCAUUUUACACCUUUUGUAAGCUAUGUGUGCACUAAUAACAAUGAUCUUGUGAGUGUUCAUCUCAACCAUAUGUUUAUUCUUUCACUCAGUUAUUCAUUCACACAUUGUGAUCCACAAAAACCAUUGUCAUAGUUUCUGUGACAGCACAUGAGUCAAAACAUUUAUUAUCAGAAAGAUGCAGCUAUGAUGAAUUGCAUUGUGUGUGCUUUAAAUAUCAACUAACAUCAGAGGUGGGCAGCAUUUGUUAUUUAUGGGUAUUUACCACAUACUUCACACAUAAUAUGGCUGCAAAUAUGUAGUGUGAAACUUAUUUUAAUUAUUUGUCUUGAAAUAACUUUUAAGAUAUAACAGACUGAUUUCAUUAUUCAAUUUUCUGAAGUGUAAGAUUCAUUAUGGUGUCUUUCCUCGUUUUUAAUCAUGCAGUCUUGUUUCCUAUAAUAUAUUUUAUAGUUAAAUCUGAUUUUCUAUGUAGUCAGCCUAUUUUACUAUCCAAUUUGUUUUUCAACCAUUAGUCUCUGGCAUAUAAAGUAAUUUUUAUUGUUUAGGUAU